AUGGCUCCCUUAGCCGAGGUCGGGGGCUUCCUGGGCGGCCUGGAGGGCUUGGGCCAGCAGGUGGGCUCGCACUUCCUGCUGCCUCCUGCCGGGGAGCGGCCGCCUCUGCUGGGCGAGCGCCGGGGCGCGGCGGAGCUGGGCGCCCGCGGCGGCCCCGGGGCUGCGGAGCUGGCGCACCUGCACGGCAUCCUGCGCCGCCGGCAGCUCUACUGCCGCACCGGCUUCCACCUGCAAAUCCUGCCCGACGGCAGCGUGCAGGGCACCAGGCAGGACCACAGCCUCUUCGGUAUCCUGGAAUUCGUCAGUGUGGCAGUGGGACUGGUCAGUAUUAGAGGUGUGGACAGUGGUCUUUACCUUGGAAUGAAUGACAAAGGAGAACUCUAUGGAUCAGAGAAACUGACUUCUGAAUGCAUCUUUAGGGAGCAAUUUGAAGAGAACUGGUAUAAUACCUAUUCAUCCAACAUAUAUAAACAUGGAGACACUGGCCGUAGGUAUUUUGUGGCACUUAACAAAGAUGGAACUCCAAGAGAUGGUGCCAGAUCCAAAAGACAUCAGAAAUUUACACAUUUCCUGCCUAGACCAGUGGAUCCAGAAAGAGUUCCUGAACUGUACAAGGACCUACUAAUGUACAGUUGA